AUGGAUAAUCUAAAUCUUCGCCAUAAACAAGUUGUUGUAUCAGAUUCAUCAAUCACAAGGUUUGUACAUUCUAAUGAUGAUGGUGACUCUCCUGCAUACUAUAAAUUUUUAAUAAAUGAUGAUACAUCAAUAAUAAUUGGAGGAAGAAAUGUGAUGUAUAAUCUAUCUAUGCCUGAUAUGAACGUUAAUGAAAAAAUUGAAUGGUCACCACAAAAAGGUAAUAUUGAUGAAUGUAUAAUGAAAGGAAAAAGAAAAUUUGAAUGUGCUAAUUUUGUUAGAGCAGCAAUUCAAGAAUCUAGUGGUAGGAUUAUUCUUUGUGGUACACAUGCCUAUAGUCCAAAAUGUCGCCGUUUUGAUGCUAGAGAAAAAUUUGAAAAAGCCAGAGAAAUUAGGCAAGAUUUUGAUGGACAGGCAAUUGUACCUUUCUCUCCAAUUGAUAAUGCCACUGCAGUAUUUGUUCAAGAGGUCAAUGCUUUAUUUACUGGUACUGUUUCUGACUUUGAUGGAACAGAUCCUUUGAUCUUUAGAAAAAAAUUUGAAACAGAAGGACCAUUAAGAACACCAAAAGAUGACUAUAAAGUAAUUGAUGAUGCACAAUUUGUAAGAUCAUUCUCAUAUGGUGAUUAUAUAUAUUUUUUCUUCCGUGAAUUGGCUGCUGAGGCAAGAGAUAAUAACAAUGAAAAACAGAUAUAUUCUAGAAUUGGAAGAGUCUGCAAAACAGAUAAUGGUGGAAGUGGUCCAUUAAGAGAGAGAUGGACAACAUUUACCAAAGUUCGUUUAAAUUGUUCAUUACCUGGUACUUCACCAUUUUAUUUUAAUGAAAUACAAUCUGUCACUGAACCUUCAUAUAAUAAUGAUCAUAAUAGUGAUAUUAUAUAUGCUACUUUUUCAACACCAUACACAUCAGUUCAUAUGUCUGCAGUUUGUGCCUACAAAAUGAAAGAUAUUGAAGAUAUCUUUGAUAAUAGUUUUUUUAAAUACCAACCAACAUCUGACUCUGCUUGGAGACCAUAUUUUAAAAUUAACAAAAAUAAUAGACCAGGACAAUGUAAUCAAGAUUUAUCAAAAACAAAUGAUAUUUCAUUUGUUGUAAGGAAUCCUCUUCUUUAUGAUACAGUUAAACCAAUUUAUAAUAAACCAAUAUUUGCUCAUGGUCCUGAUAAAUUUACAAUAUCAUCAAUAGCUAUAGCUCCACAAGUAAAAACAGUAAAUAUUGGUAGUAAAGAUGUUAUCUAUCUGGGAACAGAUGAUGGAAAAAUACUGAAAAUUAUUGAUAUUGGUGAUCGAAAACAAAUGACAGUUUUUAUACAAACAAGUAAAGUUUUUUUACCAAAUGAACCAGUAACAUUUUUAAAAGUAAUUAAUAAUGCAUUAUUUGCUUUAAGUAAUGAGAUAGCUGUAUCAUUACCAUUAUAUAAUUGUGAUCAGGCUAAAAGUUGUGCCGAGUGUGUUAGACUUCAAGAUCCUCAUUGUGUAUGGGACACCAAUACUGAUAUGUGUUUAGGAUAUGAUAAAAAAAAUAUCAAAACAGUUGUACAAUCUGUAUCAUCAGGUUUUUCUGAAAUUUGUCCAAAUGGACAUUUAUUACAAGAAGAGUUGUAUGCUAUAUCAGAUAGUGGUGAUAAAACAUUAGAAGAAAUUAUUAUUAAAACUAGUGGUUAUUCAUUUAUUAAUAUUUUUAUUAUUGGUAUAACUACAUUUAUUAUAGCACUUAUUCUUGGUUUUGUUAUUGGUUAUUAUGUCUCUCAGAGGCAUGAAAAAUCAAAUUAUAAUAGUCAACAUAGUUCAGUAUCAUCUUCUGGAGGUUGUUCUUCUGACUAUGACUCAUAUGGAAGAGCAAGAUUAACUAAACAUGAUGGAUUAGCUGGAUCAAAAAUGGAUCAUAUAUAUUCAUCUGGACCGGGAACAAAAAAUAUGGAUGCAGUUUCAUUAAUAUUAAAUAUGAAUCAAAAUGCAGCCGCGAUGCCAAUGCUUGGAACAUAUACACAAGUUCAAAGUGGUGCAACAACACCAAGAAUUGAUAAAAAUGUAAUGAAUUGUACAUUACCAAGAGAUUACAAAGUUAAGAAAGUUUAUUUAUAA